CGGCGCGGUACAUCACAAUCUGGAAGAAAAAUAGAUCGAAUUAGCAGUGACAGAGAACAACUGUCUUUGGCAAGUCGGCUAAACUACUACUAGCAGUAUUACUGACUGCCCAGGUAUUCAAAAUCAAUAGUCGAUACCAGUCCAUUUCCUGUACCCGUUUUGGGAAAUGAAUAGACAAUGCUGAGUCAUGGUCAUGUGACCACGCGCCCUGUAGCACGCGCCCAGCGUGUCCAACAGAGGCUAAGUGCGGAGAUCUACCGAACAAAGCAUGCGGGUCAUACUCUGCAGCAUAAUAUAUCCCCUUCACCAAAGUGUCCGGCAUGCGACGCAUUACCAGUUUCUUUAAUCGUCCGGCUUUUGCAGCAGUGAACCCAGGCGCUCAGACCAGUGACCGCGGCAAUGAUCUCGAUCAGCCAUCUCACUCGUCCCCGCAAUCUCGCCAUUCAAAUGGCCCCUCUUCUUCAUCAGCGGAGCCAGACACCCAGCUAGAACUAUCUUUAUCCCAAUCCAUAAAGGAUGGCGAGAAUGAAGCUCUGCCUCACCACAGCUUCCUCAGCACAGAAUCUGCAGCUAAGGAUCCAUCCCCAGGAACAAGUUUCAAUUCAUCGCAACGUGUUAUGAAGAACGGAAAAGAGGUUGUUAUCAGCUCCGAUGGCGAGGAUACAGAUUCAUUAAGCUCGUUUGAGUCUCCGGAUGAUCUUCUUGCGAGAAUUGUUAAGCCUCCUGGUUUUGUAAGCAAGGAUGAUAGAGAGAAUGAUACGUCUAAUUCAGCAAUGACCUUGCGGAACGGCAGCGUGAACAGCGCAAAGUCAGGCAAUCGGUCUCGCUUUCCAACUAAGGUCCCAAAGUACAGCAACACGCUAGACUCGCUUGUCGUCCAAGCAGUUGAUGAUAAUGAAACUGAGGCUGGUAUUGCGAAGUUGAAAGCUGCUCUUGAGAAGGAAGAUGUGCGAAAGAACGGCAAGCAGGAUGAUGUGAAAAACAAUUCUACUAUACCGACCACACAGCUAAAUGAGAAUACACUCGCAUCGGCUCUGGGUGAUCAAGACGAUGAAAUGGGGCUGCGACGUCUUCUAGACGCUGUUCGAAGAACAGAGGCUCUUGACCUAGACAAGUCAUGGCACUUUUUUGACUAUAAAAGCGAAUUACCCCCAGCGGUUGACUUUCCCAAAGACUGCAUAGAUAAGGACGGUUAUAUGUUCCGACUACGAGAGAGGCUUUCAAGGGAGCGGGCACUCCAUUCAGGCAUUAUCGAUUUUGCUCUAUCGCGGUCAUAUUUGCCAGACGAGGUCAUCUCGUGGAUCUUCAAAGCUGUACCUUCAGAGACGCAAGACAGCAUCAGGCAAGCGCUUUGUAGAGCCUUUAAAAAUGCGAACCCUGAGCGGGUCAAGUCUCUCAUAAAACCGGCCGAUAUCGAUCAAAGUUUUCAACAGUUGGGAGCAACCUCCCAAGCAUUGGCGACUUCUGAAAAGAUUGUUCCAGACGCGCACAUCAACAAACAUAAUGUGAAGAGCAACUCCCUACGUGAGGGAAUGCUGGUCUCUGUCCUUGAGUUGCUCAGUGGGGCUGCAGACCUGCUUGCAGAGGAUACUCGAGAGCGCGCACUGAAUCUACUAUUCCGUCUCACUCUCGAUGUCUCAUUGACCAGCAAUUUUCUGGUCUGUUCUGAACUAGAGAGGACCAUCGUCACCAUGCUAGAGAGUGCCCCUGACGAUACAGCCGAUGACAUGGUGCAUCGUGUUUGCACGACCGUAUUCGAUACAGUCAAAGAUGCGAUGUCACAGAGUCGCCUGGUUAGGCAUAUACUUCCAACCUCAGACUGGCUCGCACUCAUCCGGUGCCGCCUCGCGGUGUCCUUCUUGUUGAAUGAUGCUUCACCACUGAUUGAGCCGCCAGAAAAGCUCAUCAAUUUGAAGCGUAUAACCAGCAUCCUCAAUCAACAGCGGUUCGAUGUGAAGUGGUACAAAGGGAAGGGGCAGCAUGAGUACGAUUACGGAGAACUUGGGGCUGUCGCCAUUCUUCUUAACAUUGCCAUCGAUUCUGGACAAUAUGAAGUGGAGUUUCCAGAUAAAGAAGCGGAGAUAAAAUUCAACGCUGACGUUGAUGCUCUUUCUGAUCGGCUCAAAAUCAUCUUCACUUCCAUUGAGGACUCGGGUGCCUCCCACUUGAAACGAACGUUGGCUAAGGAAGCCAUCGAGGCUCUACAUUAUCGAGUCGUAUAUUCCGUCAGGUCAAAGCCACGUCCCAAAAAAUCAAUCCUCGGGGUUCCUGAGGAGCGAAGAGAGAACAAAGGCGUGUUCAAAUCAUUCUUCAAGCCUCCGAAAGGCAGCGAUGAGCUGCCAUUGCGGCCACAUGAUACAGCAUCCUGAUUUGUCGUCCACCGCCGAGAUACAACACCUGCUUCCAGUGGUAGACCCUUUUAAUAAUUUUGCUCUCUCGUCAAGAAGAAUGGACUACGCUGAUGUUUCAUUAUAACGAUGGUUCGUCGGGGUAUAUGCACUCAAACGCGUUGAUGUUGGCAUUAGCGUGCACACUGGCCGGUCCAGGUGCUUGUUAUAAACAUUCAAUGAUAACAAUAAAAGGUCGAGGGUGGUAGAUGGCUAGACUCAGGGUUGGAGUCGACAAAUGAUGAUAUGUGGCGUCAGGCUUGAUUGUUGUUCAUUUGUUUUGUUUCUUAUUUUGUUCGGGAUACCUUAUUGAUUAGUCCUGUGAAUCCUAACGCUAUUGUCCUGGGGGCCAUUGUUGGGAAUUUGUUGCGCGAUAUAGUUGAACCACAUUGGGUUGCUCGUCAUA